AGUCCUGGGAGGAGAGUGAGUGAGAGAAAGGCGCUGCUCCGGCGGAGGGAUACAACGCGCCACAUAAAAACGGCGCCGCGCAGCCUCACACCUACAGCAUUUUUGGCCAAACGCAGAAGAAGCGAGAGCUGAUCCCAGCCGCCCGCCUUCUGCCGCUUUGCCAGUGCUCACGCCGCCGCCGCCGCCGUCCCCACCGACACCACCACCACCACCACCAGGCACAAUGGCUGAUCAGCUGACCGAAGAACAGAUUGCUGAGUUCAAGGAAGCCUUCUCUCUAUUUGACAAAGACGGUGAUGGCACCAUCACGACAAAAGAACUUGGGACUGUCAUGAGGUCGCUGGGUCAAAACCCAACAGAAGCAGAGCUACAAGACAUGAUCAAUGAGGUAGACGCUGAUGGCAAUGGCACAAUUGACUUCCCAGAAUUCUUGACCAUGAUGGCCAGAAAAAUGAAGGACACAGACAGCGAGGAAGAAAUUCGUGAGGCAUUCAGAGUCUUUGACAAGGAUGGCAAUGGUUACAUCAGUGCAGCAGAGCUACGUCAUGUUAUGACAAACUUAGGAGAAAAGCUAACAGAUGAAGAAGUAGACGAAAUGAUCAGAGAAGCUGAUAUUGAUGGGGAUGGACAAGUCAACUAUGAAGAAUUCGUACAGAUGAUGACUGCGAAAUGAAGAGACCUCCUUUCACCUUUUUUUCCUCUAGAAGAAUCAAAUUGAAUCUUUUACUUACCUCUUGCAAAAAAAUAAUAAUAAUGUUCAUUUAUUCAUUCUGUUUCUGUAUAGCAAAACUGAAUGUCGAAAUACCUUCUGUCCACAAACUGCAUGUCAUGGUUGGUGGUCCUGUUCCCAAAAGAUCAAGUUAAACAUCAGUUUCUUUUUCCAAAUAUAAAUAAUUGUACUACCUUUUAAAAAAGAAAGAAAGAAAGCACUUAGUGAACUCCACAAAGUUCCAUUUGCUAAUGACUAUUACACUGUUUGGGCUGGCCAGUUUUUCAUGCAUGCAGCUUGACAAUUGAGCACAGUCAGACAUUUGUAUUAAAACAGUUUUAAAAAAAGUGAAAGAAAAAAAAUCUUAAAGAAUAACAACAACAAAAACCAAAAACCAAGAACAAUCCACUCUUUUGUCCCAAAGUGGAUUCUGGCUCAAUUUGUAAUUAUUAAAUUGUCAGCUGGUUUACUUUCAAAUUGGUCUAUACCUCAGGAUGGUAUGCAGCAAAAAUGGUUGAGGGAUGCAAAACGUUUAGAGAGGGGAAGAAACCCCAAAGGUGGAGAAGGUUCUCUUGUAUGUACUAGCAGUGUCCCCUUCCCCCCCAAAUGACGGAGGCCACGGAUGGCGUGUUUGUGUUACAUUGGUUUUAAUAUUGUCUGCAUUGCACUAUUGUGAGACGGGUGUUGGGCUGUUACCGUUCACAAAACUUUUAAAAAGAAACCUUCACCAAGGGGUGAGAGCACCUUUGGACAGGCUCUCCUCCUCCCCCCACCUCUCUCGCGCAUUUUUAAAACCUUCUGUACCGAGACUUGGAGCUGGCGGAGUAACCUGUGGACUUCAGCACAACUAUCAACAUCGCUGUUCAAGAUAUUACAGUUAUGUCCAUUCCAAGUUGUAAAUGCUAGUCUUUUUUUCCAAUAAAAGACCAUUAACUUAAAGGCGGUGUUACAUGCUUUGUAAAAGCCAAAAAAAACCACCCUAUCUAUCUAGAAUUUGGGUGACUAAACCAAUUUUUUUUACUAAAGAUGGUAGAAAGGGGGAACGUGUUCUGUCAAAUGACUUGCUGCUAAAUUAUAAUGCACAUGUAUGCAAUAACUUAACCCGUUUAACGUUUCUUCAAGAUGGCAAGAACUGACCUCUUGUAACCCAAGACCUUUGCUAUAAAUAAAUGAACUUGUGCUUGCCUUUCA